AAGUAGACCUAGGUGCCCCUGGAAAGCAUCACGCGCUGCCAAAGGAUAAAAGCAAAGUAGUGGAAAGAUGAUCAACGACGAGGGAGAGACAGUUGACUUGUAUAUCCCCAGGAAAUGCUCGUGGACUAACAAGCUCAUCACUGCAAAGGACCACGCCAGUGUGCAGAUCAACGUUGGCCACCUCAACGAGGAAGGCGUGUUCAACGGCGACUUCACAACAUUUGCUUUGGCAGGGAACGUCCGUGCCAUGGGCUCUGGAGACUCCGCUGUGGACUCUCUCUGGAAGAAGAAGGCAGAGACCUCUAAGCAGCAAUAAGUGCAUGUGAACGCUCGGGGGCUUCUCAAGACUCGGCCGAUGUGUGGCGCUGUGACGGCUGCGCAAAGACAGUGUGCCUGGUAGCUCAGCUUGGCUUGGCAAGGCUUGUGCUGUGCGACUAGCGUCCUGCACUUGUCAGCUCCGGACGUGGCCAUCAGGCAAAGUCGGAGAGACUCCAAUGGUGUAACGUCACGUGCUUGCUCUUCUUUGAUUCGCGAUGCUGAUUCAUGCUGAUGCUGGAAACUCACCGUGCAAAUUUUCAGGAAG